UAGACCUGAAGAUUCAAUAAUUAUAAGCCAGUGGUAUAAUGCAUUUGGUAUCUAGAUGCCAAUUUAAAGAUUUGCAUUAUUUUACUUGCAAACCAAUGUAACAUCUAAAAAGUAUGCCUUUGACUAUUGCACUCCGAUGGCUCUUAAAGACCUCACUAAUCUUUGCUUUUAAACACACUGGAUGCUCGUCCUCAACCAACAACACAAACAUAUUUGACUACAAAGCCCAGCUACGGAACCAGACUCAUCACCAGAGCCUAUACUUAAACUUCAUGCUCUUUGCACACGGGUUUCUAUUAAAAAGGUUUCCAGUAAAAAUAAUAAUUAUAAUAAUAAUUAUACAUUUUAUAUAAAGAUGUGAGUGUUUUACUGUUUGGACUAUCCUUCUGUUCCAGCCUGUCUUAAGUGAAGGAGCAAGUCCUCCUGGGGAGGCCUUUUGCAUUCACUGAUGCAUAGGCAUGACAUGGAAUUUACAUUAGCAUAUCUUUACAAGCACUCUGUAGGGGAAAUCAUUUACAGCCACAAAGAGACGAAAGACAAAAAACACAGCGGGUGUUAGAGACAAUUCUAAAGGGAUAGAUACCAGGAGGAUGUGGUUGACUCUGGCCACACGGUAAUGAUUUCUUCCACUUGCCUCCGAAGUUGGAUAUUGGAGUUGGAAGUGACAUGAGUCCUAGACUGAAUGCUUGGCUUUCUAUCCUCAUGAUAGAGCCUGGUCAGUGCUCUGCAACUGGCUCAUUUAGCGAGUCACAAAAACUCAAUAGCGGCAGUACAUAUUGAAGCUUUUACAGUUUUAGUAAUGUCUACAUGCACUAUCACCAUCUUGGUUUGUUAAGUUGGGGUUGGUGGAGCUGCUCCAAUUUUCUGAGUGAGAAGAUAUUUCCUAUUUUAUGCACCCUUGUGUUUUUACUGUUACAUUUUUUUCUAUUGAUAUUUGACAUUGAAAAUAUCUGUGGAUCAUUUGAUGAUAAGAUGAUAACUUUUAAUUCCCAGUGGUUCCCAAACCUUUAAGGAUUUCCAGACAAUAAUUCUCCCCCAAUCUGCUAUCCAGAUGUUCAGGCAAUAAAAGCCCUAAAAGAUGGGCUCCAUAGAUCAAGUCAGCAGACUAACUGAGGAAAUCAGAGACUGAGAUAUGAUUUGUCUUGGUUCCCCUUGGAGGAAGCCAGUCUGCAACUGUAAACCACCUCUGAUGCACAAAGUAGACAGAACUAACAUCAUGUGGAUGGGUUACAACAGUAAAAUGCUGCUUUUGGAUCGCUGCAUCAGUGAACACAGCUACAGCGAGGGCCAUGAGCCACUGCCAGGCCCAGGCUUGAUUAAAUAGGGAGAUAUGUCUGUGAAGGUUCUCAGUCAUCCAGGUCAUCGUAGUCAAAGGAGUUUGCAAAGAAAAGCGUCUGGACUUCUUUAAGUUGCUUGAAGACGUUUCACCUCUCAUCCGAGAAGCUUCUUCAGUUCUAAGGUCAAAUGGCCGAGAGUCCCAGAUUUAAACCCAGUGGGAGUAUCCCCCCCUAAAUAGGGAGAGCUGGCUCAGGAAGGGCAUUCGGCAUAAAAAUGCCAAAUCAAAUGCAUGGAUCACUAAAAUGCAUCAGUGAAGGCAAUCUACAGUAAUGUCAUAUAACAAUACUGAAAGGGGUCAUUUUCAAUCAUGUUUAAGAUUUAAGUUAGAAUUCUGGGACUGCCAUGUAUGUGCUGAAAGUGUAAUAUCGAGUUUCUGCUUAUCAUUAUAGUUAUUGUUAAAAAAAAACAACUGAAAACGUUUCAUUCACUACGUAUUGAACUGAUUUAAUUCAUUCACAGCCGAGAAGAUUGUAUUUGUGUCUUUACUGUAUGACUUGAACGGAAAUCGACAAGCUCUUGCUGAACUCACGAGAAAGGCUGCCCCCAGCUGGGCACAAUAGGGAACUACUGCAUUUUUAGAAACCUUCUGCCUUUAAUAACGGCGCUUUCAGCAGCUCCUCAGCAAACAUAAUUUCUACUCUCCUGCUAAAUAUUAGGAGGAUUUACAGUAAAGCCAUGCAUCACCUCUUAAUUUGCUUGUUUGUACCUAAGUUUAGCUCGGCGCUCCCAUCUGGAAAUGGCUCCACUCCCUUUCUGUGGACUUUUCCUGGCCACUUUGUAAUGGUUGGAGAUGAUGCAGCAGACUACCUAGACCUGUCACUCUUAGAUGAUGAAGGCUCAGGAUCGACGCAGGAGUCCAGUAAAGUACACCCCCCUCACCCCCAUCAUCCGCGGAAGCACUAUUAUGUCUCGGAGGAGACCAAAGCGUUUCUCAAGGGUAGCUUGGCCACACGUUUCAUCCCCACCGUUUACAUCUUCGUCUUCAUCAUCAGCAUGCCCCUUAACCUUCUUGCCAUGGUGAUGUUCGUGCGUCAAAUCUGCCCCAAGAAGCCGGCGGUGAUCUACAUGCUCAACCUGGCCUGUGCUGACCUGCUGUUCGGGCUGCUCCUUCCCUUUAAGAUCGCCUACCAUUAUCACGGCAACAACUGGAUCUACGGAUCCUUCAUGUGCAGAGCCGUCACUGCUGCCUUCCACUGUAACAUGUACUGCUCCGUCCUGCUUGUGAUGUGCAUCAGCAUUGACCGUUUCCUGGCUGUGGUUUACCCCAUGAACUCGCUCACGUGGCGCAGCCCUCAGACGGCUUCAGCUGUGUGCGCUGCUAUGUGGCUCUUAUCCCUGGGAGGAGUGUGCCCCCUGCUGAUCUCAGAACAGACCUUACAUAUAUCGUCUCUGGGCAUCACCACAUGCCAUGAUGUGCAGGACGUAGGAAAACUGCAGUCUUACUAUCUUUACUUCUUCCCCAUCUACUCCUCCGUGUUCUUCUUCAUCCCUUUUAUAUUCACCGUUGUCUGCUACAUACGCAUCAUUCAGGCUCUGGCUGAAGCCAACGUGGAGAACCGCUCCAAGAAGACUCGCGCUGUGGUGAUGGCUGUGGUUGUGCUGCUGGUGUUUGUGGUCUGUUUCACCCCCACCAACAUCAUCCUCAUGGUUCACUAUAUUCAACUGGCGCACAAGGCUAGUAGCAGUUCUUACCAGGCAUACCUGCUCUCCAUGUGCAUAGGAAGCUUCAGCUGCUGUCUGGAUCCGGUCCUCUAUUAUUUCGGGUCCUCUCAGUGCCAGAAGCAGGUGGUGGCACUGCUCAGAUGCAGGCGACCGGGACAGGGUGAGAUUGGCUCACACACACAAGCAGCACAAGAACCAGCAGGCUGACAGAGAGCAGCAGAUUGUGCAAAAUGGAGAGCGUUCAGACUGAAAUGGGGAGCCAUUACAGCAGGCUGAUGGCUUAAGACACGAGGACUGAAAAACUGUUUGGGCUGUCAGCCAUAUCCACACUAUAACAGACUACUUCUGUUUGCUCAAAAUGUUUUCAAGAAGUGCACGAGGUGGAUUAGAAGAAGUAUGAAACUCGAUGUGGUGCCGACUUUAGACCCCAGUGGAAG